CUUGGUCAGAUUCUGCGCAGUCCUUUCAUGAAAUUCGUGGCUCAUGCUGUCUCCUUCACCCUCUUCCUUGGCCUGCUGGUGGUCAAUGCUUCAGACCGCUUUGAGGGGGUCAAGAACCUGCCAAACGAAACCAUCACAGAUCACCCCCGACAGGUGUUCAGGGUCAAAACCACCCAGUUCUCAUGGACAGAGAUGUUGAUCAUGAAGUGGGUGUUGGGUAUGAUUUGGUCAGAAUGUAAGGAGAUUUGGAGUGACGGACCCAGGGAAUAUAUCAUGCACCUCUGGAAUGUUCUGGACUUUGGCAUGUUGUCCAUCUUUGUGGCGUCCUUCACGGCACGCCUCAUGGCCUUCCUGAAGGCAUCCAAAGCACAGCAGUAUGUGAAUAUGCAUGUUCCAGAUGAAGACCUCAGCAAUGCCUCUCUGCCUGAUGAAGUGGCUUAUUUCACUUACGCGAGGAACAAGUGGCGCCCCUCUGACCCUCAGAUCAUCUCUGAGGGUUUGUACGCCAUUGCCGUGGUUCUGAGUUUCUCACGCAUUGCCUACAUCUUACCAGCCAAUGAGAGCUUUGGCCCAUUGCAGAUCUCUCUGGGACGGACGGUCAAAGACAUCUUUAAAUUCAUGGUCAUCUUCAUUAUGGUGUUUGUGGCCUUCAUGAUUGGAAUGUUCAACCUCUACUCUUACUACCUUGGGGCCAAAUACAAUCCUGCCUUCACCACGGUGGAGGAGAGCUUCAAGACUCUUUUCUGGUCCAUAUUCGGGCUCUCUGAAGUGAUCUCUGUGGUCCUGAAAUACGACCAUAAGUUUAUAGAGAACAUCGGCUACGUGCUCUAUGGCGUCUAUAAUGUCACCAUGGUGGUGGUUCUCCUCAACAUGCUCAUUGCCAUGAUAAACAGCUCGUACCAGGAGAUAGAGGAGGAUUCAGACGUGGAGUGGAAGUUUGCCCGUGCCAAGCUGUGGCUGUCCUACUUCGAUGAGGGUCGAACUCUACCUGCCCCAUUUAACCUGGUUCCCAGCCCUAAAUCCUUCUACUACCUGGUCCUUCGCAUCAAGUCAUGCCUGAUACGCCUGUGUAAGGCCAAUGGCAGGCACCAUAGCAAUGAGGUGGAGAUGGGAAUGGUUCAUUCACAGGCCAAGGAUGAAAGGUUUAGGUCUUAUGCACAACCAGGCGAGGAGUUUAUACAGAGAAAAGCUCGGAAACACCCAACCAGAUAUCAGAAUAUCAUGAAGCGGCUCAUUAAACGUUAUGUGCUGAAAGCUCAAGUGGACAAAGAAAGCGAUGAAGUGAACGAGGGAGAGCUGAAGGAGAUCAAGCAAGACAUUUCUAGCCUCCGCUAUGAGCUGCUGGAGGAGAAGUCCGAGGCCGCUGGGGAGCUGGCUCUGCUCAUUCAGCAACUCGGCGACAAGUUUGGCAAAAACACCAUGAGACACUGACAGGCCUUGCAAGAUGGGGAGGGAGGAAGGAGGGUAAAUGGAGAACAAGGUUGUCGGAGAAAACAGAAACAGGCCACAUAGUUCACAAACUCAGUGGAGACAGGAGAGAAGCCAGGAUGUUUAUGUGAAUCGACAGGAUGGACAGAGAUUACUUAGAAGCUUAAGAUGUUGAAAGUUUGCAGAGUUCAAAUGAGCUACCUUUAGAAAAAAAACCCAAGUGCUUACGAUGUAGCAUGACCAGUUAAACAGAUGGGGGGAAAAAAUAUAACUGCAUCUGAGCAUGAGGAUAAAUAGUUGGUGGUAAAGUAAACUCACUUGGAGAGGCUUUGUGUUAACAGCUCAAUUCUAAUUAAAGGGAAAGUGGAGCGAGGAAGGAGAAGAUAGAGACAAGUAAGAAGGAGAAGAGACGAGUGUGAGCAGAUAUGGAGAGACACCAUGGAGCACAACAGCAUCCAUCGAAGCAAUGAGGGCCCCCACACCCACUGCCAAGAGACAUCAGUGCUUAUCACCAAUUUAGAGGGAGGAAAAGCCCAGUGAAAGGAUCACACUGGGAUCAGCGAGAAGAAGAAGAGAGAAAAAAAUAUCUUAGAAACUGCCAGUGCUACUCACAGCAGAUAAACUUGCUUUCUACCAUAUUUUGAAUUUGUCAGAUGAAGUACUGAUGCCUUUCAAGAUGAUGCACACACCUUUAUACACAAGGCUGUCUAAUUAAUGCCGCUCCAAUUUACAAUGCACCAUCUCUGAUGUAAGUCAGAGGCAGGAAGAUAUCUUUAUUGCACAGAUAUUAAAUUCUUUAUAGAAAUGACUUAUAAAAUAAAUAAUUAUUGUUGUGUUUCUCUUAAAAUAGAAGGUAACAGUCAGAACCAGAAAAUUAAGUAUUAGAUGCACAAAGUUAGCAUGAAAGAUACAGUUCUCUCAGCUGAGUUAUAGAUAUUAUAAACAUAAAUUAUACAAAAAAUACAAUGGAUAUUGUUAUAGAAUAACAGCAUUUUUCUCAGUUAAUAUUUCUUUCUAGUAUAUUGGUUAAAAAGAAUCACAAUCAAGUAAUCAACACAGAGGAUUGAGACAAAGUCCAUGUAAUCAGUUGUUGUGUGAUAAAGUGGAAUGACAAUGAAUAAGUAUUGAAUGGUUUAUUUUUAAUGUGUUCAAUGCUUAAUAGAUGAGCCUUUUUUUAGAUUAAAACUUUAUUUCCUGUAUCUAGAAACAAGUGGCUUGCCUUGCUAGCAUGAGAUUUUUGUCCAUUCUUCCAGUAUAUCUUCAAAUCUUGAAGCUAUUGUGGUCAAAUGUUCUCCUCAUAAGACCAAACUACUUUAUUUUAAAUAUUUCAUUGGAUUGCUCAAACUUAAAAUGUCCUUUAACAUGCUCCGUCUUCAUCAGUGCAGUGUUCUGACACCUCUUCUGAAUGUUCUCUGGACUCUUCUCUUUAUAAGGGUUUCAGGCACCAGGAUGAGGCCCGGUCCAGGGAACCUCUAUAGAGCACCAUAUAGGAGUUAUGGCAUUUUAUAUGAGUGUCCGAACAUUUAAUCGAGAAAAAAGUAGUGGACUCCAAAUUUCACGCAAUGCUAUUGGGGCGACAAAGAACCAAGAUGGUGCAAGUACCAUGCUAGGAUGCGAGGAACAAGAGUACGUGACCAAUGGGGAGCAAAAGGUAGUGAUCAUCUGUCCAAAUGGUCAGUUAACUUUGUGCACUAUAAAGUCCACUAUAUAGUCCCGGCUCCAUGUAGUGAUAGAAGGGUUAGGGAGCACAUCUGGAUAAAGUCUAUGGCCCAAUCCCAAACCACCCCUUAUGCACUACUCCAUAAACGAGAAUGGGAUGGCCUUUUCCCUCCACUGGAAAAGGAAAGCAGUCGUUGCUAUAGCAACACAUGGACGCCCCAUGUGUGGCUGUGGCACAUGUUUACAUGAAAUCCAGCAUUUACCCAUUUCUUAAAACAAAUGUAACUCAUCGUCUCCCGCUUUAUCCGAAACCGGGUCGUCG